AAUAUCAAAUCCAAAUCACUGAAGGCGGCACCGCACUGAAUAAUAAGCAUAUCCGCGGGUGGUCGCGUAUUCUGUCUAUUGCCAGCAUAUAUACAUACGUAUACAUAAAGUAUGUACAUUUGUAUACAUGCAUAUAUACAGGUGGAAAAUAGAGAAAUUUAAGAUAGAACUUGCGUUGGUGUUGAGCUCAAAAAGCCGGGAAAAUGCCAAAGAAACGUAAAUUUGCGAGCGUCGAAGGCAAAUGCCGCGUUUGUCUACGGGACGAUGGUUGUAUGAGUUAUAUUUUUUCCGAAGAUAUUAAGCCCAAGUUUGACGAAUUCACCGAUUCAUCUACGAUCAAAAUCGAAAAUGUCGAGAGAUUGCCGCAACACAUUUGUCACGUUUGUUUGUACAAACUCGAUAUGUGGAUUGAAUUCAAACAUCAAUUUUUACGAUCUUACGAUAUGUUGCGAGAACACCUUGAUAUCGACGGAGUUUCCGAAACUACCACGUUGCUGACUAAACGGAAAGUGAGUGAAUCCCAGGAAUUGCCGAAUAACAACGCAUUGGAAAAGAACAAUGCGAAAAAAAGGAAAAUUGAUGACUGUGUUGAGGAGGGUGUUGAGACAGCUGGAAAGCUUUUGGAUCGAGAUGGAACCAUUGAAAUAAAAGAUUCCUCUGGCAAGCUAGUAUCAUCGAAUGCUGAGGCUGUCGAUGGAAAACCAAAGGAUUAUGCGACAAGCAUGACAGUCGAAUCAUCACCGAUAAAACAAACUAGUGGGAAACGUGGGAAAACAACAGAGAGAAGAGAAGCGUCGACGAAACGUUGGGUUGCCCGGAAGCGAGCUUUGAUGGCAGCGACAGGUGAAAACGAUACUGAGACAGAUUCUGAGAGCUCGGAAGAGGCGCAAUUGUCACCGGUUCAAAAAGCGCGAGCAAAAUGCAAUGCGGAAAAGGUAGCCGCAGAAAGCCAGCGAAGAAUAAGUGAAAGCUUAAAAAGUUUUGCCAGCAAUAUGGCGAAUAAUUGCGAAGGAGAGGACAAGAAUGAUGAGGAGAAGAAUAAAAAAUUGCUUGACCUCGAGGCAAUAAGUUCAGAGUUAGCCGAUUAUGAAAAAAAACAAGAGAAACAAGCCAUGGGGUUGGAGAUGUCAACGAAAAGGCGUGCCAACGAAGAUAAGAUAGAGACAAUGAAUUCGGUGACGUCUUCACCACAAGACACUUUUCUUCCGCAUUCAAUGCGGUCUGAAUUAACGGUGGACGAUGCAACGUUUGUCGUGACUUCAACGUUGGUCCUCACAGAGCCCCAUAAAUUGAGUCGCAUUAUGAAUUUGCCAAAGGACAAUCGCGCUCUUGAAACAUCCGAAAUAUUGAAUCAGGAGCGCAACACGGAUAUCAUCGAUGCGGUACAGCUGCGUCGUGUCAGCCCAAAAUCAACACCGCAAAGUGAUAAGAAACUGGUCGAGCGUUGUUUGAAUAUCGAGGUCGAAGGCACGGAGCUCCAUGCUUUAAAACGGGUUCAAGCCAACCUUGCGACUUACGUCGAAACGAAAUUGAUAAUCGACCUCGAGUCAGGAUCCAGCUGGAAGCUCGAAUCGAAAAAGCAGCCCUGUCAAUCUCUCGAUAAACAGCUGCAAACAAUUGUUGAAAAAUCCAUAAAGAAAAAUCUCUCUACGGCACAGAGUGAGAGAUCGGCGAUACGCGGGAAAAACACAUUCAGUCCAGAAUUCGUGCGAGCUGCGAUGCGUUCAAAAAUCUUUCAACCCCGGGUCGUUCUUGUUCGUUAUGAAGCUACGGAGCAAAAAAUGUCGCGACCAAACGUGCACUCGCUCGUGCCUGAAAGUAAAUUGACCCAAGUACCAAUCGCGUCACUGGGCAAAAGGCGAAACGUGGUACCCACGAAAUUUGCAGAUUACGACGGAUCUCAUUGUGAUGAUGCGUUGUUGAGAGACAGUAAAAAGACGGAAGAUCUGAUUAGCAGCAGCAGCGAUCAAUUCAACAGACACAAGACUUAUGGGCCCGCAUUGACCAAGCUCAUGCCCAUCUCGAUAACCUCGAAUAAACCGCACGGCAACGCUGGUCAGACCAUUCCAGAAUUGGGUGAAACCUGGUUGAAAGCGAGUAUCCAGGUACCGAGUGCGUCUGAAAAAACUCUGUCAACGCUCCCGAUCGAGUCGAACGUUCUUACUGACAAAUUGAUACCUGGUAGAUCAAGGAUCGAGGAAAAGCACAUAUGCGGCGUUUGCAGGCAUAGUUUCGCUACAAGGAGCGAAGUGGAGAUUCACCUUGCGGCUCACAAAGUUCCGCUCACACCGAGUCGCCAGGUGAAACGAAUGCGUUGCAAGCGAUGUCACGAGAUCGUCGAAGCAUGCAAUGUCAAGUUGCAUGUCUGUAAUUCGUCAAAAAACAAGAUGAUCAUCAAACCGACAAGCCCAUCAAGGAUUGCCAACGAACAUUCUGAGAAUACGCGAGGUGCUUCCUCGUUGACAAGCGUUAGAGCAAAAAAACGAAGCCUCGGACAACAAUUUGGAGGAGUCGUUGCGAGCAACGAUGUCAACAUGUGCUUCGUGUGUGACAAAACCUUCGAGGAUGAACAGAUACUGAAGGAUCAUUUGCAAAAGCAUUGCGAUGAUAUAAGCGAUGAAGAAGAGGUAGAGGACGGAGGAGAGGGCGACGUCCGAGACGAAAUGGGCAACGGGGAGGAGGGAGAGACGAUCAACGAGAAAGAAUUGUAUCAGUGCGCCAUUUGCGGAGAGUCACUUGAAUCGGAGGAUGCUCUUGAGACGCACGUGGAGAAGCAUCUUUGUGAUGACGAGGAUGACAAUCCCAAUCUUAUAAGUAUAGGCGAUCGUGAAAAAACAAAAAAUCACGAUAUUAUUCACAUUUGCAAUCAGUGCAACGAACCAUUUGAUUCGGAAAUGUUAUUGAUGCUGCACAUGCAGGCGCAUGAGGAAGAAAUUGCGAUUGCUGAGUGGGAGCGACGAGGCGUCGAUAAUUCACAAGUAGAGCAACAUAUUUGUGUCAUUUGCGAUCAAUUGUUCCCCACCGAAGCAGAGUUGUCCGAACAUUUGGAUGUUCACAAUGGGAACGCUCACGUUUGUUUGCUAUGUGACAAGCCCUUCCUAACCCUCGAAGAACUUCAGGCACACGUCGAUGAUACUCAUUGACGUUCGCCUCGUUUACACGACGUGUAAGCAAACUGUUUGCAAGACCGAUCGAGAUUCCCCGAUCUUUUGACUCAUUAUCAUAUAGCAAACAUUUUUUCAAUCGCAAGUCCAACCUGAUCAGAUUUGUUAUUUUGGGACGCUUUUCAAUCCUCCAACUUUCGACCGGUGAGCCAACAUCGGCUUCAAAUUACUUAUACUAUUAUAAGUUAUGAUAUGUAUAUUAUCAUUAUUAUUGUCCUCAUAAAUUUUCAAAAAAAAAAAAAAGAUCAA